AUGCGCGCGCGCACGCUCCCGUACGCCUGUACCCCUGAACGCGCUUCCAAGUGCGAAAGCUUCUGUGUUUGGACGGUCCGAAAGGCCGCAUGUAUACACUGGCUUUUCGAAAAGCCGUUCUGGGCCCAAGCGACAGGUAUCGGCGUCGAUAGUGCUCGCUUUACGGGAACAAAAGAGGCUCGCGCUUGGCGAUCUUUUUUUUUCGUCAUGGCGGGCAACCCCGACGCCCCCAGAGACACUCCCGUUGUAACGUGUUACGCGUCGUCGUCUGCGAAUGCCCCUGAACACUACCAACAGGCAGCAUUCGAGCUAGGUGUCGCGAUUGCGAAGCGCGGUUGGUCGCAGCGCAACGGUGGCGGCCGCUUUGGCCUCAUGGGGAAACUCACCGAAGGUGCGCUGUCCGUUGGUGGUCGCGUCGAUGCCGUCAUACUCGAUAUCUUUCGUGUCCAUAACUGUCACCCGGAACUGCCAUCCGUGCGCACCGUCACAAACAUGGCGGAGCGCAAACGUGGCCUCUACCUCGAUUCAGACGCGUUCGUGGCGCUGCCCGGGGGCCUCGGGACCCUCGAGGAGCUCGCCGAGGUCUUGUCAUGGCGUCAGCUCGGAUUCCACAAUAAACCCAUCGUGCUAUUUGACGUUGACGGCUACUGGGAACCCAUUGUGGAGUGGAUGCGGGCGGCGGCAUCCCUAAAGAUGAUCAAUGCACAUUUCCUGCAUCAUGGCGGUGUACGGUGCGAGUCGACGGCUGAAGGCGUGUGUGACGCGAUCGAGCAGGCGUGGCGGGCCCCAGCGCCAUCGCUUGAAGACGCACCCAGCCGCUGCAAGAUCGCGGAUCGAAUGACGGCAGGAACGCGAGACAAACUGGAUACCGACGGAACCGCAAUCGAUGCUGCCGCAGACUGGACCUGGACGGCCACGUAUCCAUCUGUGGACCCGGCUCGCUCUCGAAGAGCAAUCGGAUAG